CGGCGACUGUUCUCGACUUGCUUGACUCGAUGCUCUCGCACCCGGUGCACCCGUCUUGAUUCUGUUUCAAAGUGGUGAAGUUUCUUCAAACAAAAUGUGUUCCGUGGACGAACGUGCUUUCUUAUCUCAUCGUCAGAUCCAAGGAGGCCAAAAACUAGACAGCCCCUGCUGGAGAGGACCUCGGCAGAAUAUGGUGGCCAUUGGAGAUUAGUAUACAAGACUGGCGACUUGCACAUGAUGUGGAUUAACUUUAUAGCAUGGUGAAAUUCUUUGGGAAUGUGGGUAUUUGUGGAGUUGUGGGCCUAGCUUUUUUUAAAGAGUGUAUAUUAACAAUUGAGCUUUUUCUUGUUCAGGCGACUGCAGUUCUGAUGGAUUUCUUCAUGAUGCUUCCAUUGAGAAUGAAACGGCCUGCAAAGCAGAGCCAGACGACGCAGAGUGGUGUGAGGAGGAAGCGGGGGAGGCGGGGCCCCCCCUGCGGUGCCCCCUGUGCCCCUUCGAGACGCGGGUGCGGGAGAGCCUGUCGCGCCACCGGCGGCUGCACGCCCGGCGGCCCCUGUCGUGCCCGCACUGUGACGCCCACUACCUGGACCAGACAUCGCUGGCGCGGCACCUGCUGGGUCACCAGGGGGGCAAGGGGGCCCUGCUGGCCUGCCCCGAGUGCGGCACCCACUUCACCCGCAGGGACACCCUCGAGCAGCACAUGAGCAUGCACGCCCAGAGGGACAAGCCCUUCAAGUGCUCCCUAUGCACUGAGUCCUUCCUCACGUACAAGGAGAUGCAGGCCCACAAGGCGAGUCACGGGCGCAAGCCCCCGCACGUGUGCGAGGUGUGCGGCAGGGGCUACCUGCAGCUGUCCACCCUGGCAGAGCACCGCUUCAGCCACGAGGAGGAACGCCGCUUCCAGUGCGGCCUGUGCAACAAGCGCUUCUUCUCCUCCCUGGCCCUCAAGCGCCACAACCGGGUGCACACUGGCGAGCGGCCCUUCCGCUGCCUCACCUGCGGCCUCAGCUUCGCCAUUAGGGCCCACCUGCUGUCGCACAAGCGCACGCACACGGGGGAGAGGCCGUUCAGCUGCCCAUCCCAGACGUGCCCCCAGGCAUUCAGCACUUCCUCCGCAGCCAAGAGGCAUUUCCUCAACAUCCACUCCAAGAAUGUUGGCGGCAAGCAAGGUCGGGGGCCCGAAGAGGAAGCCGCGGAAGAAAGCAGCCGCCCGGAAGGACCAGAAACGGAGAACGUUCCGUUUGUGUGCGAGCAGUGCGGAGCGAGCUUCCGCACGCGAGCGGGGCUGAGCGGCCAUGUGCGUGCACAUGUGACCUCGCGCCCUUACUCUUGCCCAGCAUGCCCCCGGGCCUUCACCAGCUCGGGUGCUGCUGCGAGGCACCACCGAAGGGUGCACGGAGUGCCUGAAGCUGACGUAGAGCCCGCCACCCUGCACCGACGCUCCGAGGACUCCGAGGGUUAGGUCUUUGCACGCCAGAGUCGCCGACGGGGCGGGAGCAAUGGGGCGUUCCUUCCCGAGCCCAGCCUCCGGCACACGCUCAUUGCCCUCCGUCGCGCUCACAUUCGAAGCUCGCGAGAUGUCAAAGCGUCGUCGAAGUCGGGACACUCGCUCUGGAGGCGGGACGAUUAAGGGGCUUCCGUGCUGUUCUUGCCCUGUCGGCGGCUAUGCGGGGGCGUGCGAAACGAGGGCGGUUCAAUUGUAUCCAGCGUGGGCGGCUCAUUAUCGACGUCUCGUCCAGUUCGGCGAGCGUGGAACCGAGUGAUUUGCGUGGCGAACGUAGAGGAAGUUUGCAUUCGUCUCGUGCAUUCCUUGCAGAACCUAUUUCGAAUGGAGCUUUCCGAUUUCGCAACCUGUGAGACGUCUGCGGCGCCUGCGGGCGGUUGCAGACUUUUCCCGGUUAACUUUAGGCGACUCGCGUUAAAAAAGCAUUUUUCGGUGAAAUGUGGCGGUGCUCUUGCUUGGCAGCGCCAUUUUAUAUAGACUCUUGGAUGACCUAGGGAUGAAAUAACGGAGCACCUAGCUGGAGGCACUGCCAGUUGCGACACGCAGAUUUAAGUAGGAGCGAGCUGUAGUGCGUGCUCGGGAAUUCUGUAGCUAGCACCACUACUGCCGUGCUGCUAUACUCGUUUUCACCUCGGGAAAAAAAGAAAUUAAGUUUUGCGCCUUGUUCAUAAGCCGCAUGAAGUAGUUCUUACAGGAUUUGGUUGUCAAAGGAAGAAGCGAUGCUUUUGGGAUUUGAAACGUGUUUGCGUAUGAAAACAUAUAUAUUCUCUAAAUUGCAUCUACAUAUACCUUAAUUAUCUACAUAAAGGGGAAAUUUAGUUAUGCACCGUCAGGAGCCAGUCUUUUUUUGCUAUGGUUCUUGAGGCGAAAACGAGUACAGCUGGUUCUUGUGCCGGAUACUUUAGGUGUGCCGUGGCGUAAAGUUUGGCACUUCACUUUUGUACAUUCUCACCGUCUUCACACUACAUUUCGACAUCAAAGAAGCAGUUGAAACUUAGCCUUCACAUUCACAAAGGUGUAAUUUGGAGCAUUUUCUUAACCUGCAUCGUGUUCACAGUCAAGUGCUGUGCCACGUUACAUGCAUGUACAGGGUGUCAAAAACAAAUUUACACGGUUCUUUUACCGCAAAAAUAAACUAGGCAUCGCCGAACGGUCAUUCUCCGCAUAAAAGUAGUGCUAGAGGUCACAACCAGAUGCCAAAGUUUCAUCCUGAACAAACGCGCCUUAUUGAAAAGUUAUGAUUUUCUAAAAUAUCAAUGGGAAAAUGGAGCAAAUUUUUGCCCGUUUUCGGUUUCUGGUGCUAUUAGGGAGGAAAUCGAGGAGUGGCGCUCCCUAGCGGCCACCUCGGGAACUAACACUGUGUGGCAAACAAACCCUCCGACGGCAGUCAUUAGUGCAUUCGCUGCCAUGGAAGAGGACGACGCAAGACACCUGAAAGAUAUGUAAUGCUGUUUUUCUUUCCUAAGCGCAUCUAGACAGAAGUAAUCCAGUCCUUUCUUGCGUUCAAUGUCAUCGAAGUCCUCUUGGAAGGCAAAACAAGCGCAUGUAUGUCACGCUCGUGCAUGCCGGGCCAGCUGCGACUUCUCGGCCACGCGCGCUGGAUCGUCCGUGUCUUUCUGAACGAUUCACAAAACACAAACUUCACUUUUCAGUUACCCUGUCUCUCGCGACAACUAUAGAUGACAGCGGCGAAAGCAAGCGGUGUCUCUUUGAAUGAGAGGACAUGCUCAACUGCGAUCAUGUCAUCGAGUGCAGCAGAGCAGACGGCGGAUAGUGUCUGCAUCGUCGCGUAUGUGCUGCAGUCCUCCGCGUGGCAUAUAUUCGGUUCAAAAGGAUGCAUGGAGCACUGUGGUACGCAUCGAGUGCGCACCAUAUUGCUACACAGAAAUAUGCCGGGAGCACGGAAGCGAUGCGGCGUACCGCUAGUCGAAUGCUGGCGUCGGAGUUGCUUGCCACACAGCGAUUGUUUGUGGUGAUGAUGAUAAUGAAACUGCACCCUCUAUAGUUCGAUCUCCUCGCCAAUAGAGCCCCAUGUAUUCGAAAACUCUAUCGGCUGCCAUUUUCCCAUUGAAAUUUUCAGAAAAUCACUUAUCACUUUUGAAUAAGGUGUCCGUUCGGACUGAAACAUUGGCAUCUAGUUGCCACCUCUAGCGCAACCUUUGGGCGGAGAAUGAGUGUUCGGCGAUGCCUAGUUUAUUUUUGCUGUAAAAAAAAACCCUGUAAAUCUUUUGUGACACCCUGUAUAUUGGUGCAGAUCCGCAUUUUUUUCCGUACAAACUUGCUGCACAGAUUAUGGAUGUUGGUGGCAGCGCCGCCUACACUUGGUCAACUUGAUGACGGUUCACCAAUGCAGGGCCUCGCACCGAAAGUACCUACUAUACUAUGUGUUGCAUGAAAGCUCCCUAUAUAAAAAAGUUCCUUUUUUUUUUUUUUUAGCAGGGUGAAAUUUAAGUGAGGUCUUGUAAGGAAUGCCCUUUUUAGCAGUGUAGUUGAUGUGCAGCACUGAACAAACGACAACAUUAACCAAAUGUAAUAAAGUGGAAUGUAAUUGCUUUUACUUCACCCCACCUUUUUUUCCCCCCACACUCGAGUGAUAGCAUUGCUGACUUGUGUUUGCCAGGUGAGGGGAAACAAGCUUGUAUGGCACUGAAAAAUACCAAAGCAAUCUUAAGAUCUGGCUGUGAUCUGUAUAUUUGCAUUGAUUUUUGAGUGAGUGUCUGUGAUCUAAGUAUCUGGUUAAAUGAUGUAUUUUAGAAGUUGGUUUGGUUGUAUGUAUGCCCCAGUGCACAUUUGUCUUCAUUAUGGUGAUCCUAAUAAACUGUUCCAGACUACAA